CUCACGGCCAUUAGUCAGGGUGUUCGAUCAGAAAGCUGGUGCGAAGCGAAGAUGGACCCGACAAUUCUCACGGCUACCGCGCCUCCCUCUCCCUCGGUGAGCCGUCGCUCCCCUCCAUACUCCCGAAACACCAGCAUACCAUCCCACCCCACCUCCACAGCAGCUGCUCGCCCCCAAGCUGAUCUUAAUACACUUCGUGACACGUUGUCGGUGUUACAUCAGCAACACGCUGAUCUAUCAGAAAGUCAGCAAGAAAUACGAGCACUUCUUCGAGAGUUAUGCGACAAGCCACGACUGCCACAACCGGAGAUCAGAAUUCCUCCAGUUCAGGAUGGGGUGGAGAGGCUACCGCACAACAGGCCGUUGCAGAGUUGCUCCGCCGGAUUCUAAAUGCCCUCGGCCCAUCUCCAAUAUGCGCGGCCGAGAGGGUGCCCUUCCUGCAGUCUUUCCUUUACCUGCUCAGCCACCCUCCGAAGAAA